AGGUGGACGCCCGCGAUCAGAGCUAUGUGCUCUCUCGAUUAAAAGAUGCGCUGUUGUGAUAGCUUAAUACGCUCCUCUGAUUUUUGGCAGGAAUGUGACGCCAUACAUCUAUUAAUGGAUCAUAUGCAGCUGGCCUUUGCUUUCUAGAACAUUCUAGACCUUUCUGGAGGCGCCCCAGCAUCCAGAGUCCUUAAAAUUGUGAAAUAGCCCUUUGCAAUGCAAGAAAGGAUUCAGAUACUAACGGGAGUGAGAAUGAGACUAAAUUUCAUAAACUACAGUACCCAUAAGGCAGCAAGAAGCUGCGCAGUCCCAGUUGACCUCUGCUAGUGUUGUUGUCUAACCGGGUCACAGUUCUGCUUCGUGUCGUUCCAUAAAGUUCAAGAUUCCGACCCAGCAGAGGAGCCUCAGCCUCCUGAGACCAGCUGGAACCGGUUUGUGUCCGCUCAUGGUCCUCCUGUCCCGGUAUCGGACCGUCUGUGAGGCUCGGCUAAGAUAGCCAGCAAGCCAACCAACCAACCAACCCACAGGCCGGUGUGGAGUGUGAGAUGAUCCGCUGCUGGUGCUCCUGUUCGGGGUAAGCUGUGUGAGUGGGCCGCCAGAGAACCGGGAGGAGUGGAGCCAUCCCCGCAGACAUGUGGCAGAGCCUCGGCCUCACCCUGCUGGUCAUCGUGGCUACGCUGCUCUGUGUGCUAAUCUUCAUGGUGUUCGGUUGGUACGUCGUCUGGCAGCUCUUCCUGUCUAAGUUUAAGUUCCUGCGUGAACUGGUUGGGGACGCCGGCACGCCACAGGCCGAAACGCAACCACCCGAACCCAAGAGUGAACGCUCCGCCGGUGCCCAGCCGAGGAGCAGGAACCGGACCACACGCCAAAGAGUCUUCCUCCCAGAGAGCACGUCAUAGAUGAUCAUCGCUCCUUACAGGACAGUUUACAGGAACCAGGCGGAGCUCCUUGAUCAAAGGGAAAAAUUACUGUAAAGAUGUUUGCGUCCAGCCGUGAUGAUCGAGCUGCUUCCUGUCUUGGUCGAAGGGCCGUGGCUUUUUAACAGAGUAGAUGACCUCCAUAACCUCAACCAAUAAACUGUCAACUGACAUUACCUAGACGCGUUCAAGAUGGUGAAAAAUGUUGCAACACUUUGCUGUAAGAAGUGGUCACAUCUUUUUAUAGAGCUAACCUGUCAGCUGAGAGGUAGCAGGAAGCUCUGUCAAUCACAUGGUCUCUUGUUUAACCAAUCAGCUGAUCUGGACCUCAUCAGUAUUUCUGUAAUCACUUCCUCUGGCUUUUAAUCAGCUGUGGGGAUUUUGUUUUUAUUUAAGGUAAAACUUUAGCUUCGAAUAAAUGCCAAACAGGAAAUAAA